ACAGGCAGUGACGUUAACCAGUGACUCCGAAUGUAGCAGGGAACAUAAACAAGCAAGAUUAAUUGUUUCUUAACCACUUUCCCGACUGUUUAUUUUCGAAAUUUAGCUCUAUUUUGUUCUUUUUGUUGCUCCAGUUAAAGAUUAACUCUCAACGGCUGCUUCUAGUGAACUAAAACCGACACAUGGGGCAAACAGGAGGGGAAAUCGGCUGUUACAACGUGUCAGGUCGGUGAGCUUCUCCACUUAGCAUGAAAACGGGUCACUUUUGACAGAAAACACACGGAGACAGGAUGGAGACAGCAGGCGGCUACAACGUGGAGGGGAGCCCCAGCCCCCCUGCUGUGCCCUCCACCAUGUCCAUAGACAGGCUGCUACCUGCUCUCCUGGAGUGCUUUGGGAUCAUCCUGUGUGGAUACAUAGCAGGAAGGACCAACAUCAUCACCACCACUCAGGCCAAAGGAUUGGGCAACUUUGUAUCAAAGUUUGCUCUCCCUGCCCUCCUUUUUAAGAACAUGGUGUUACUGGACUUUGGAAACGUCAUCUGGCCCUUCCUGUGGGGGAUCCUCAUCGCUAAAGUGGCUGUAUUUUGCAUCGUUUGCUUCCUCACUCUCAUAGUGUCCAGUCCUGACAGCCGCUACAGUAAGGCUGGCAUCUUCUCAAUAUUUGCAACCCAAAGCAAUGACUUUGCUUUGGGCUAUCCAAUAGUUGAAGCCCUCUAUCAAAGCACAUACCCAGAGUACCUCCAGUACAUCUACCUGGUUGCACCCGUGUCCCUGAUGCUCCUAAAUCCCGUCGGCUUUGCACUGUGCGAGAUCCAAAAGUGGAAGAAUCAGGGAAACCACCAGCAGAGAAAACUGUUGAUUGUGGGACAUGUACUCCUGCAAGUCUUGAAGAACCCCAUUGUAUUCAUGGUUAUUGUAGGCAUCAUCGCCCACUUUGCCCUGCACCAGAGAAUUCCUGCUUUCAUGGCUGAGUUCAUAGACGGCUUGGGCAACUCUUUUGGUGGAGCAGCUUUGUUCUAUUUGGGUCUGACCAUGGUGGGCCAGUUGAGGAAACUGACCAGAUCCACUGUUGUGACACUGAUUUUGCUCAUUACAGCUAAACUGCUGGUAUUGCCGCUUCUCUGUAAGGAUAUGGUGGAUGUUUUGGAUAACAGCAGCAAUACUACGAACCACUCCAGCCUCUCAGAUUAUGCUUUUCUUUACGGAGUCUUCCCCACUGCACCAAGCGUGGCCAUCUAUGCUGUUUACUAUAACGCAGAACUAGAAGUUGUGACCGCCGGGAUGGUGAUCAGCACUUUUCUCUCGGCUCCAAUAAUGUAUGUCUCAGCCUGGCUACUUACCAUCCACUUAAUGGAUCCCCAGUGUCUGAUGAAUUCACUUGAGAGUGUCAGCUUUAAUAUAAGCAUAGUGAGCUUAGUGGCUCUGCUGUGGACAGUUGCUGUCAUGUUUUUAAGCAAAACGUUUAGGAGACUUCCUCACAUGUUUACAGUCAACCUGUUCUUGGCGCAGCUGUUCAGCUGCAUUGGGAUGAUUCUGUGGAACUUUGUGGUGAAGGAAGACAACUUUGUUGCGCAAGUCCUCAUUUUCACAUUGCUGUCUACUUCACUCUACAGUAGUUUUAUGUGGCCAGGGUUAAUAGCACUCUCGAUUGUGCUUAUGAAAAAGUAUGAGGAUCUUAGAGGAGCACCAGGUGCGCUGGUCAUCGCAGGCUGGGGGAUCCCUUCUUUGGUAACUUCUAUUCUGCUCAUCUUCGGCGAAAAAAGGUCUGACGCUAUUGAUUCUUUGUUCUUCUAUGGCAAACUACAGAUCAUUUGCACCACAGUAGUGGUCAGCUUCAGUAUACUUCUUGGAGGAGGCUCUUUGGUGUGUCUUAGUAGAGGAAGUUGGGAGCAAGAUGAAGAAUAUGAAGACACACAAAGUUCAUUUGAACCUUACCAGGAUCAGGUGACCGAGGUUGAACCAGAAAUUCAGACUCUCAUAGAGCCAGGAAACGGAACAGGAGGAGAGUGUUUCAGAUGUGCCUGUGCUCCAGCCACGCCCAUGCCCGACAUGAUCAUCAGCACAAACAUGACCAACAGCCUAAGCUCCCUCCCAGUUCAUUGUGAGAAUGGCUGCGAGUCGACAGACUGUCUCCUUGCUCAGAUGGAUGAACACCAGCAGGUGAAAGACAGACAAGUGGUCCGUCAUGUGCUCCUGUGUCUGCUUCUGACUGUCUUCCUUCUGGCUAACCUUUCCAGUGGUCUGUGGUUGCUUUACAACCACCUUCAUGGGAGACUCUACUUGGAGCUUCAGUUCUUCUGUGCUAUAGCAAACUACGGACAGGGAUUUAUCUCCUUUGCUCUUUUUGGGUUGGACAAGCAUAUUAUUUUACUGCCAUUGAAGAGGUUAUACAGUCGCUGUUUUGGAAAGAAGAAAAAAGAAGAACCGGAUCUGGAUUUACCAGAUGACAUCAGGAUGACCUGCCUUCAGUUUACCAAAUACCACAAACAGCAGUGUUGUCAUGACAUUGUUAAAAAGAGAAGGUGUGGUGUGAGGACCAUGCUGGACUGUUUCCGCGGCUGUGAGCUGGUGGAUUGGCUUCAGCAGGUGGGCUUGGCGCAGGACCGCGGCGAGGCGGUCCUCUACGGGACGCGGCUGCAGCAGGGCGGCGUGCUUCAGCACAUCAAACAGGAGUACAGCUUCGAAGACAGUCAGCUUCAUUACUACUUUACUGCACCAAACUAAGGCAUCAAAGUUAACCGUUAUUUUCUUCUCAAAGGGACACAUUUCAGUUUAGACAUGAACGACACAGUCGACACACUGUACAGAGCAGCUCUCUGUGAAGGUUUAUGCUACGUGACAUUAAAGUCUAGUAGAGUAACAGCAAACUCUUACUCUGCAGUUUAUUCCUAUUAAAAAAGGGAAAACAAUAUACAUAUUGGAGUAUUUUUAGAACCACCUGAGGCAUUUUAUCUAGCAUUUAUAAAAUAUGAAAUUUUAGCUGCUUUGCUAAACUGUGACUUGGUUCAGAUGGAUAUUCUUUCAGAUGAUCAGGCAUGUUCAGUAAGCCCUUAUUAAGCCACACAACCAGAGCCACUUACUUGGAGCUAAAACUGAAUGUUUUACACAACCAAUUAUCCUUGGUUGUGUGGGGAAAAAAAUGGCAUAAGAGUUUUUACAUUACUGAAUGGGAUUAUUGAUCCUGUGAGAUAAAAAAAAGAUUUUUAUGCAGUAAUUGCUUAAGUUGUAUCACUGUAUGAUUGGUGAAGCACAAAGAGGCCAAGUUGAUAUUGCAGGGAAAAAAUGCUACCCAUCUACUGAAUGUAUUCGUUUUUUAAAUCUGUACACACAUAAUUGUGUGUACAAUUAUGUACACACAAUUGUACACAAUUGUGUGUACAAUUGUGUACAAUUGUACACAAUUGUACACACCUACAAUUGUAGGUGACCUACACCUACACCUACAAUUGUAGGUGUAGGUCAUCAGACCCUUUAAAGUGGCUCUUUAUGACUUAAAAUGCAUGAAGUGACAUAGAAACAAGCAAAAAUGUUGUACAUAAAUAAAAACCAAUAGAAAAUGCAUUUUUUAGCAUUUCAAACAUUUCCUUUGACUUUAUAAAGAAUGACACAAUAUGUAAGCUUAUUUUUUUCUUCUUCUUCUUAGUCCUGUUAUGUCAUUCAGAUGCAAAGUGUGCUUUAUUUUAUUUUUAAGGGACCUAUCAUUUCUAAAUAUAGUAAAAAAAACAAAAACUUUCUUGCAAAAAAUCUAAUGUUUUUGUUCUAAGACCUAAAAUUAGAAUUGAAUAUAUGGUGGUUCUUUAGUUUAAAAAUAUUUUUAACAAAAUCAAUUAUUUAAAUGUUUAUUUCACUUAGCACACAUUUUGUAAAGGUGAGGUAGAUUUUAAAGCUGCGGGAACAAAAUAUUUAGAAGGAAGAAGGUUGAAAAUGUCUGGAUUGUAAAGGCUAAUAAAUCCUGUCCUAAAGUGAUAAAGGGAAGACAGGAUUAUAUGUCCAGCAUUUAUUAAAUUAAGCAUGGGUAUUGUUACUUAAAAGUUUGCAUUUUCUGAGCAUGAGUGGAAGGUUUAAAUUUUACAGGUAAGGCUACCAAUAUCUUAAAAAAGCCACAGCAAAUGUUUCUCAGGUUAUGUUAGCCGUGUUUAUAGAUAGUGUUUUAAUUAAAAUAGUAAACUAUUAGAUAGAGUUAAAAAUGGUCAUAAACUGGGUCUGCCUGCUUUACUCAAUGCACUGAAAGUCUCUCAUGUUGCACAGUUUAGAUCAGUGGAACAAUAUUAAGCUGUUGCUGUGAAUUUCACUUUACUCAAAUCAAUGUUUAUAGAGCUGCUGUCCCAUAUUCUAUUAACUAAAAUGAUUUAAUUAAUAGAGAUAUUGCAACAUCUUUUUCAUUUACACAUUCAUGUGUACUAUUAGGGCCGUCCGAGGAGUAUAUUUCUGCCAAAAAAUCUCAGAAAUUUCAAGAUUAAUUUCACAUAUUUACAAGAAAAAGAGAUAUUUUCUGAAUAGGUUUAAAUUCAUAAGAAAAAUUUACUGUUUUCUGUAAUUAAAGGCAUAAAAAUUUGUCUUUAAUCAUGGAAUCUUUUUUUUUUGAAAAUCUACAACCGUUUGACAUCAGAAUAUCUACUUUUUUUCUUGUAAGUAUGCAAAAUUAAUCUAAAAAUUGCUGUUUUUUUGGGUAGAAAUAUACUCCUCCAAGGAGCAUAGCUAGAUAGACAUAAUUAAUCUACAAUCGCCCUAAUGCACCGGUACUACUGUAUUUCUUUCAGCACAUAAUACUGAAAUCUUCAUAUUUGUUCUUGAAGGGAAAUGGUCAGCUUCUUGUCCAUGUUUGUGGAAGACGCAUUUAAAAGACAAAUGAAAACCUUGAUUGAUUUGCAGCUGAAGACCAAGACGAUCAAUAUGUCCAACUAGUCAAUCUGAUGAUUGAAUUGUAGAAAAUGUUCCGCUGUUGACUUGAAAAUGUUCAUCUUGACUAACCUCUAACACAUAAAUCUUGUUAAAGUUUAAUGCUGCUAUUUUAAUUAUUUUUAAAUAAAGAGAUGAAUUGUCUGUUUUUUAAGAUUGUUUUAUUAAUUUUGUUGCAAGUUUUUAAUAAAUCCUUCUUUAAUAAA